AAAUGCGUUAUAUAUCCAUUCUCCAGCCACUGCCCAUCGGAGCAGCGACUACUCCUACCCUACCAUAAGUCCAUAACACGAGAAAAAACGAGAGCAAGUGAGCAAGAAGCGACUGCGGAGGAGCAAGCCAGCAUCAGAUCCAUGGAGCUGGAGGCCGCCCCGCAGCUCCCGAGGAGGGACGCCAGGAAGCUGGUGAGGUGCCCGCGGCUGCAGCUGGACGCCAAGACGGUCACGGCCGUCGAGCAGUCCACGGGCACGCCCGUCGCCGACGCAGCGGCCACCAGCCCUGGCGGCGCGAUGCGCGUCAAGAUCCUGCUGAGCAAGCAGCAGCUCAAGCAGGUGGCCGCGGCCGUCGCCGGCGGCGGCGCCUUCGUCCUGCCGCCCGCGCUGGAGCAGCUAGUGAGCGCCAUCAAGAGGCAGCACGCGAAGAAGCAGACGGCGGCGGCGGCGACCAACGAGGCUGCCGCGAGGCGCCCGGGACGGUGGUCGCCGGCGUUGCACAGCAUCCCGGAGGAUAUCUACAGCUAGAUAACCCACCUAGCUUCGUGGUGUAGUCGGUUUGCAUGUAUAGCUUCGUUGGUCUCUCUCUGUUUUUGUUGCCUCUUCGUCCUCAAUUCCUGGGUCGCAGCGUUGGGCCAAAGUGAAAGCGCGCCCAAUGGCUCGCGUUGCGUUGCAACUUUGAAAUGUCAGCAAUUUUAGGCCCUGUUCGGCA